CUACACAGCACUACUUAUUACAGCUGGUGCAAAAUAUGGGAUCUGUUCAUUUGCAUUUGCUUCGUUCCCAUCAUCAAAGAAGUAUCCCCACACGGAGUCAUAUAUCCUGGAGAUGAAUUCCUGCGCUGUGAUCCUGGCUCCCUCACUUGCAUGAUGUUUAGCUUUGCCCUUAAGUUUUGUUGGCCUGCCUGCCUUCUUUUCCUCAUAGCUCAUGGCACGGCAGUCUGUGUCAGCAGACAAGGGAUGCAAAACAGCAACCUCAUUAAUGGAGGUGUUGUAAAUGGGAACAACUAUGAUAGAAGGGGCAAGAAGGAUCGUGGGGAGAGCAAAUGCAAAGUGCAUGACAAGAUAAGGCUGCUAGUAUUUUCGAGGCUAAGAAUAAGGAAUUAUUGCUGCAGGUAGUGAUCUGAAGGGUGAAAAUAUUAGCAUCCUGUUUUUAUAUGCAACAGACUAUAGUAUUAGCUAUCUACAAAGUUGUGUCACUAUUUGCUUCAAUAGUGUCACUUGAACUGGAUAGAGUCAUAUGGCUAUAAUUGUAAAGGGAAUAUUUCAGAAGAUCUCUGAUACACUACUAUCCC